AUGUCCAGAAGAUAUGAUUCCAGAACCACGAUCUUUUCGCCGGAAGGCCGUCUGUACCAGGUUGAAUAUGCCCUCGAAGCAAUUUCACAUGCCGGAACUGCCCUUGGAAUACUAGCGCAGGAUGGAAUCGUGCUGGCCGCAGAGAGGAAGGUCACGAGCAAACUACUGGAACAGGACACAUCUGCGGAGAAGCUCUAUAUACUGAAUGAUAAUAUGAUAUGUGCGGUGGCUGGAAUGACAGCAGAUGCCAACAUCCUCAUCAACUAUGCGCGCCAAGCCGCCCAACGCUACCUCCUGACAUACAACGAAGAGAUCCCAUGUGAGCAGCUCGUUCGUCGUCUCUGCGAUCUGAAACAGGGCUAUACACAGCACGGUGGUCUGCGACCCUUUGGCGUUUCUUUCAUAUACGCCGGGUAUGAUCCCCUCCGGCAGUUCCAGCUGUACCAGAGUAACCCCAGUGGGAACUACGGUGGAUGGAAGGCGACUAGUGUCGGUGCAAACAACGCCAGCGCUCAGAGUCUAUUAAAGCAGGACUAUAAAGAAGAUUGCGAUUUGAAGGAAGUUUGUGGGAUGGCGGUGAAGGUGCUGAGCAAGACGAUGGACUCGACGAAGCUGAGCAGUGAGAAAAUCGAAUUUGCGACUGUGGGAAAAACCAAGGAUGGUCAAAUAUAUCACCAUUUGUGGGGUGCUGAUGAGAUCGAUGCUUUGUUACGGGAGCAUGGCCUGGCAAAGGAAGCUGAUCAAGAAACCGGGUAG